AUGUGGGUUACACACGCUUUUGGGAUAACACUCGUUCCAAGUUCACCUAGGUGUUCACUGCGCCGAAUACGUAGGUCGAGUCUGAGAGGCGGGUCACCAACAGACUCAGCCUGCGCCGAGGCCGACGACCCCUACAAGGCCGCGCGAGGCAGGGCGCCGAGCCGCGCGCAGCGCGCCGGCGGCACUGCGCAUGCUCCGCGCGCAGGCGCAGGUCUCCGCAACCAAGGGGGCAGCUCCGCAGCGGCGUUCGGGGUCUCCAGUAGGGCCGGCGCUCCGGUGCUCGCACAGUCCUCGGCCUCGGCUGGCACGGGCGUCCCUCCGCUCCCCGAGUCCCUGGCCGCCGCCACCGCCCCAGCGCGCCCCGAUCUGGCCCCCUGCCCCGCGAAGAUGGCUGCCGUACGCCGGGCCCGCAGUUACUGCCGCUGCCUGGUGCGCUUCUCCGACCGAGAACUCUGCUAAGCCACGCUCUGCAGCAGACAGGCAGGAGUAGACACCCGGACACACCCAGCACCCCUCCUCCGGGG